AUGGCGACUUCAUAUGGUUCAUUGCUUUCUCUUUCCUCAUUUCUCAUAUGCCCACUUAUCAUUAGGCUGGCUAAUAUAGUUGGGAGAUACCUUAAGAGGCAAGGCAAACAAAAGGCCGAGUCCUCUAAAAGGAAGUCAGAUGGGUCUCCUGAGGAUUCAUCUGAAGAAGAGUCAGAUGGGAGGCGCUUAAGCCGAAGUGCCUCAAAGCGAGCAUUUUCUAAGGCCACCUCUAAGGUAGCCUCCCUGACCAAGGCGUUUUCUCGAGGGCUCUUGGGGCGACGACUCGAGGAAGAACCUCGACCCUUGGGAAUACCCGGGGUGGACUGCAUGAGGGCUCCACCGUUUACAGAUGAUAUAAACGAGGAAAGGCUUCCUCCCAAUUUUAAGCUCCCCGCAGUACAAUCUUAUGAUGGCGGAGGUGAUCCCGAAAACCACAUCCAUGCCUUCAUCUCGGCCUUCCGCCUAUACUGCAUCCCAGACCCUGUCAUAUGCCGAGUCUUUCCAGUAUUCCUCCGAGGAACUGCUCGAAAAUGGUUCUGGGCUCUAGAACCUAAGAGCAUCUCGACCCUGGGUGAAUUAGUGGAGAAGUUUCUCCACCGGUUUGUCUCCUCCCGACCUACGACCAAGACCUCGGCUUACCUGCUCACUGUGCAGCAGAAUCCGGGAGAGUCACUUCGAUCGUACGUCCGGAGGUUCCAUGAGGAAAGCGUUCAGAUACCUGACCCCAAUGAGCAGGUAACUCUCGCUGCCUUUACCCAUGGACUCGUUGCCGGGGAGUUCAAUACGGGGAUCCAUAAGAAAUACUCCCGCACACUGCAUGAAUUGUGGUUGAAGGUCGAAAAGGGCAUACAGGCCGAAAACCUCCACCGCAUGAAGAAAGAGGUCCAAGCCACCCGUCCAAGGGCUGAUCCCCGAAAGGGAAAAGACGCCAGCCGAACUGAAGUGGGAACAGGAAGUGGCUUCCGAAGUCCUGGCCGGGACCGCCGAAGCGUGUUCGACAGGAUAUCCAAGGGGAGGUCACCCAUUCCCGACUCCGAGUUGACUCCUUUGAACACUUCCCGGUCUCAGGUGUUGUCCGUGAUGGAACAAAACAACCUCGAAAAAGCCCCACCGAGGAUUUCAUCCGCCGAGCUGGAGGCCACCAACGAGAUGAAAACCGGCGAGACAAACGAGGUGAUCGAUGCCGAGAUGAGCGGCAGACCUCCAGAAGCAGCUGCCGACCUCCUGAGGAUCCCAGGGAGACGAAAAGGCCCCCCAGACGGAUAUUCAGGACAUGAGUUGGGAUAUGGGCCAAAUAUUGCCGGAGUCAUUAACACCAUUGCCGGAGGUCCGACGGGAGGGGAUAGUCAGAACUCCCGGAAGAGAACCUAUAGACAAGCCAAUCCGGAUCAGGCCGAGUCGAGUUCUCGCCUAUCCGAGGUGAUCACCUACGGGCCCAGUGAUCCUGUCCCAACUGCCUCCAGCAGUCAUGAAGGUUUGGUGAUUGAGGUCCUCACCAAUAACUACAUUGUGAAAAAGGUCUACAUAGACCCGGGAAGUUCAGUUGACAUCAUGUACCUCCGCAUUUUUGAGAGCUUUCAACUGGCCAGGGAGUGUAUGACCCCGGUGAGAACCCCUCUUGUAGGGUUCGGGGGACAUGUCGUGCAUCCCGAAGGGAUGGUGGCUUUGACAGUGACCGUAGGGCGUCACCCCCGCUGCAGAACCAUUCCCGUCAACUUCGUGGUAGUUAAGGCUGACUCACCAUACAACCUACUUCUGGGACGGCCUACACUCAAUGCUCUGCGGGUGGUGUACUCCACCUACCACUUAAACUUUAAUUUUCCUACCCCCGCAGGAGUGGCCGAGCGAGCUGAGAAGGUCUCGAGGUUGGAGACUGGGGAUGAGGUGGAAGAGCUUCCCCUGGACCCCAUGAAACCUGAUCAGACAGUUCGCGUUGGUACCCGAUUGCCCGGUCCUGUCCGAAGAGGUAUGGUGGACCUCCUCAGAGAUUACCGGGACGUCUUUGCUUGGGCCGCCGAAGAGGUCCAAGGAGUCCCGCACCACCUCAUGAUGCAUGAGCUGAACGUCGACCCCCAAGUCCGUCCGGUCAAACAGAAGAGAAAGCACCUCGGCCCUGAGCGCAGCCGAGCUGUCGGUGAGGAAGUGGACAAGCUCUUACCCGCUAAAAUAAUCCGGGAAGUUCAAUACCCAACUUGGGUGUCCAACCCGGUCAUGGUCAAGAAGGAUACGGGGACUUGGAGAAUGUGCGUCGACUUCACCGACCUCAACAAAGCCUGCCCCAAGGACUGUUACCCAUUGGCCAAAGUUGAUACCUUGGUAGACUCGGCAAUGGGAUACGAGAUCCUCUGUUUCCUGGAUGCAUUCAAACGUUAUCACCAAAUUGGUAUGAGUCAGGAAGACCAGGAGAAGACGGCCUUCUACACUGACCGCGGCACGUACUGUUACUCUACCAUGCCAUUCGGGCUGAAGAAUGCCGGAGCCACUUACCAACGCUUGGUCAACCAAGCAUUCAAGUCUCAGAUCGGCCGGAAUGUUGAGGCCUAUGUAGAUGACAUCCUCCUCAAAAGCCAGACGAUCUCCGCUUUUCUGGCCGACCUGAAAGAGGUCCUUGAUAUUCUCCGGAAGACGCGAAUGAUGCUGAACCCCAAGAAAUGCGUCUUUGGGGUCACCUCGGGAAAAUUUUUAGGCUACCUCGUCUCAAGGCGAGGUAUAGAAGCGAAUCCGGAUAAGGUGCGAGCCAUCCAGGAGAUGUCUCCACCUCGGUGCGUCCGCGAUGUCCAGAGGUUGACGGGGCGGUUGGCCGCUCUGAACCGGUUCCUAUCGCAGUCAGCCUCCAAAGCCCUGCCAUUUUUCAAAGUAUUGAAGAAAGCUGACCACUUCUCCUGGACUGAAGAGUGUCAACAGGCGUUUGAGCAGCUGAAGGAUUACCUUCACUACCUUCCCACGCUCACCUCACCUCGUCCAGGGGACAAGAUGAUCUUAUACCUUUCUGCUGCGGUCGAAGCCGUGAGUGCUGUGCUGAUAAGGGUGGAAGGAGUCCAAAUGCCCGUCUACUACGUUAGUCGAGUUCUCCGAGGUCCCGAGACAAGGUACACACAAGCGGAGAAACUUAUGCUGGCCCUGAACCAUGCAGCCCGCAGACUCAAGCCCUAUUUCCUAGCUCACCACAUCUCAAUCAAGGCCCAAGCUCUCGCGGACUUUUUAGCCAAACUCACCUUUGACGAGGUGAAAGAACCCAUCCCAGUUACCACCCCGGUCACAGCUGAAGUGGCCAUCGCUGGGCUCCAGCGAUGGAUUCUACACGUGAAUGGAUCGUCCAACAGUGAGGGUAGUGGAACAGGCUUGCUCAUCGAAGACCCCCAAGGAGAUGUGUGCUCGUACGCCCUGAGGUUUGACUUCGCUGCCUCCAACAACGAAGCCGAAUACGAGGCUGUCAUUGCCGGCUUACAACUAGCUCGAAAGCUCGGGGCCGCACACAUCUUGGUCUAUAGUGACUCUCAACUCGUCGUGUGCCAAAUACUAGGUGAAUACGAGACCAGGGAAGAGGUGAUGCAUCGCUACCUCUCUAAGGUCCUCCAGCUGGUGGCACACUUUGAGUCUUUCGAAAUCCAAAGGAUACCACGGUCACAGAAUCGGAGGGCUGAUGCCCUCUCCCGGCUCGCUUUUAUUUCUUUUGCCGACCUGAACAAGACGGUUCUCGUGGAAGUUCUAGCCGAGCCGGGGUACGAAGGAGAUGUUGUAUACCCUAUUUACCCCGGGGACACUUGGAUGGGACCUUUGACUCGAUUUCUCAGUCAGGGUGAGCUUCCAGAAGACCGAGCUGAAGCACGGAAGCUUCAACGAAAAGCAGCUCGGUACACCCUCCGACAAGGCCUUCUAUACAAGAGGUCUUACCUCGACCCCUGGCUGCGGUGUAUCACCCCGGAAGAAGGCAAGGGAGUCCUUCAAGACAUUCAUGAGGGAUUUUGUGGUGCCCACGUCGGCUUCAGGAUGCUCGUGAAGAAAGCCUUGCUGCUCGGAUACUUCUGGCCCACCAUGAGGGUAGAUGCCCAGGUCAUGGUACUCUGUUGCCCUUCUUGUCAGCACCAUGCUCCUGAGCACCACCAACCGACUAAUCUUAUGAUCCCCAUCACUUCGCCAUGGCCAUUCGACCAGUUGGAAACUGACAUAAUCAGCCCAUUUCCAAGAGCUCCAGGAAAUUAUGCCUAUGUGGUGGUAGCAGUAGACUACUUCACCAAAUGGGUUGAGGCCGAGCCUCUGAGAAGCAUCACUGGGGCCGCUGUUCAAAAAUUCUUUUGGAAGAACGUGGUUUGUCGCUUCGGUCUGCCCCGGGUGGUCAUCUCGGAUAAUGGCAAGCAGUUCGCGGAUAAUCCUUUCAAGGCAUGGUGCGAAAACCUGGGGAUCAAGCAGCACUUCACCUCGGAUGGACACCCUCAAGCCAACAGGCAGGCCGAAAAUUUCAACCGUACUCUCCUCCAUGGUCUCAAAACCAGACUCCACCGGGCUGGAUCGUCAUGGAUAGAAGAACUUCCCAGUGUGUUGUGGUCCCGAGGUCAGCAACCCAAGAGACCCCGUUUUCCUUAA